AUGGUGAACACUGGCAUGCAGCUGAUCAGCUUCACCUGCGCGGUGACCGGCUGGAUCAUGGCGAUCGCCGUCACGGCCCUGCCUCAGUGGAAGGUCUCGGCCUUCAUUGGUAGCAACAUCCUGACCUCGGAGAUCAAAUGGGAAGGCAUCUGGAUGAACUGCAUCUACCAGACUACUGGUCACAUGCAGUGCAAGACAUACGAUUCCCUGCUGGCGUUACCUCCGGACAUCCAGGCGGCCCGCGCCCUCAUGUGUUUGGCCAUCUUCAUGGGCUGGCUCUCCUGCACCGUUUCCUGCUGUGGCAUGAAGUGCACCACCUGCGCCGGGGACGACCGCCGGGCAAAGGCCGGUAUCGCGCUGUCAGGCGGGGUUCUCUUCAUUCUCACGGGCCUGUGCGUUUUGAUUCCCGUUUCCUGGACUGCUAACACCGUCGUACAGGAUUUCUACAACCCCAACGUGCCCUUGAUGCACAAAAGAGAGCUGGGUCAGGCCAUUUAUCUGGGCUGGGCGGCUGCGGUUAUUCUAAUGAUCAGCGGAGCUGUGUUGAGCAGCACGUGCCCCCUCAUUGAGAGGAGUGGCAGAUACCGCAGGGGUUACAUAGGCCGGAGCUUUGCUAAUUCACCCGCUUCAGCACCAGAUCCCCCAAAACCUAUCACAUCCAAUAGUCUACCACUGAAGGAGUAUGUAUAG